AUGCAGCAGCCGUCGUCACCCUCGUGUACAGUGGCCGGAGGAGGAGCAGGAGGAGGCGGUGAGGACCCGAUUGACGGCAUCGUGUUCCCUCCGGAGUUGCUACGGUGGCUGCUCAACGACGACGGCGGGUGCUUGUACCGCGCGACGAUGGGCGCGGAGGCGGAGGCUUCUUCUCGCUUCCGCGCUGCUGCUCCCAGUCCCCACUCAUCCAUGCAGCAGCCGUCGUCGCCCUCGCGCACAGUGGCCGGAGGAGCAACAGGUGGCAGCGGUGAGGAACCAUUUGACGACAUCGUGAUCCCCCCGGAGUACCUACGGUGGCUGCUCGACGACGACGACGGGUUCUUGUACCGCGCGACGACGGCCGCGGAGGCGGAGGCUUCUGCUCGCUUGCGCGCUGCUGCAGCCACCAGUUCCCACUCACCCAUGCAGCGGCAGCCGUCGUCGCCCUCGUGCACAGCGGCCAGUGGAGGAGCAGGAGGCGGUGAGGAGGACCCCUUUGACGACAUCCUGAUCCCGCCGGACUACCUCCAGGGGCUCGACGACGACGACGAUGGGUGCUUGCACGGCACGGCAGCAAUAAUGGGCGCGGAGGCGGAGGACGAGCGGCGUCUGUCCGAGGCGCAGGAGCUGCUCGACGACUACGACGACGGGUCCUUGGACGGUGAGGAGGCGGAGGCGGAGGACGAGCGGCGCCGGCGGCUGGCAGAGGCGCAGGCCUGCGUCGACGGCGGCUGUGUGGAGGACGGGCUGUCCAUGACGUACCGGGGGCACACGCACGUCUUCGACUCCGUGCCGCCGCACAAGGUUGAGACCAUCCUCAUGCUUCUAAACGGCUAUGAACUUGCCCCUCAAAGCGCGAAGCCAAAACCCACUAACCUGGUCCAUCCUAUUGUCGUGCCUCAAGACUUCGACAGAGCGGUGGCCAUGUCGCGCUACAGGAAGAAAAGGAAGAGCACGAUGAAGGCAGAUUACUCCGUCCGAAGGGAAAUCGCUUUAAGGAUUGCGCGAAGGGGAGGGAAAUUUGCGCCGUCUGAGAAGAGCUCUGAAAAUUCAGUUGGGGUGGAGCCGUGGAGGCGGCUGAGCUUCAAUGCUGCGCCAACUGCGGGGUGA